GCCCAUGAAGCAGGUCAUCGCCAUCCCUCAUCACCAAAACGCAGCUGCAAACAUGUUGUACAAACAAGGGCGCGAUGCGUAAAGACACAAAUGGACAAGUGGUGACGAUAUACACAGGGAGCUAGUCAGCUCGGGCAAGUUAUGACCAACAUGGAGAAAACGAAACGCAGAGGUGGGUGGGUACCGGCCGGGGCCGUGUUCACUUGCCGCCGGUACCUGCUGUUCGCCGUGCUGCCCGUGGUGGUGCUCCUCUACUGGGUCAACUCGCAGUACGGCGUCGGCUUUCUGCCCGUUCCGCCCGUGUUACGUCUGGUUCAGCCGCAGCAGGCGCGCGGCCAGUACCUGGUGGACACGCCCACCUGCCGCAUUCCCAACGUGGACCCGUUCGACGCCUCGGUGCGCGAGUUCGCCCGCCCGCCGGAGCCGAUCCUGUGCAACCGCGAGCCGCCGCCGCUCACCUACAGCGACAUCGACUCGGUGUACCUGCUCAGGGAGCGGCAGCACCUGUACGGCGCCAGGCCACCUUUGACUUCAGCAUCCUGCUGUACCCGAGACAUAGACUGGAUCAACGAUCUCAACAGUUCUAUCCCUCGAAACACGAUGGGCAGAGUACGGAGGUCGCCACGGUGCCGGCCGCUCCUGGGCAGCUACACACCAAGCGCCGACGGCGUGGAGGUGACCUGCGCCGUGAACAAGACGAUGGUGUACCGCGACUACUACCACUUCGUGCCGCUGCGGCCGCAGCUGGAGGCGGCGAGUCUGCAGCGACGGCCGCAGGACGUGGCGCCCAACGUGCUGAUCUUCAUGUUCGACUCGCUGUCUCGGCUGCAGUUUCUGCGCUGGUUCCCGCGCUCGCGCCGCUUCCUCAGCGAUCGGAUGGAGGCGUUCGAACUCGGCGGGCUCAACAAGAAUGGCGACAACACCUGGCCGAACCUGGUGCAGAUGUUCACCGGCAUGGAGCAGGCCGAGAUGAAGCGUCAGUGCGCACCGGAUCCCAAGAAGGACCCGCUUGACGGCUGUCCGUUCAUGUGGAAGGAGUUCAAGCAGGCGGGGUACCGCACGGCCAUGGCCGAGGACGCGCCAGGGAUGGGCUCGUUUAAUUACCUCAAACUGGGGUUCCUGAAGCAGCCGACGGACUACUACACGCGGCCCACCAGCCUGCUGUUGGAUGCCAACAUUGCCUACAACAAGCAGCUCAACACGAACCUGUGCGAGGGAACGCGAUACAGCUACUUCUCCACCUUCAAGUAUGCGCUGGAUCUCGGCACGCGUCUGGCGGACCGACCGUACUGGGGUUUCGUCUGUCAGAACGUGUUCUCGCACGACUCAUUCAACAUGCCCUAUUUCCUGGACGAGCCGUACUACAAGGUGCUGGAGUCGCUGUUCAGCAGCGGCGCGCUCAAUAACACCGUCCUGGUCACCAUGGGCGACCACGGCCUGCGCUGGGGCCGCGAGCGGCAGACCUUCAUCGGCGGCCUGGAGGAGCGGCUGCCGUUCAUGAGCCUGUACUUCCCGCGCUGGCUGCGUCGCCGCUACCCAGCCGCCUUCGACAACCUGCGGGUCAACCAGCACCGCCUGAGUACCUUCCGCGACGUACACCGCACGCUGCUGGACCUGCUGCGGCCGGACGAGACGCUGGGCGGCGUCGAUACGCGCGAGGCGGCCGAAAAUGCCUCCAGUGUCAGCCUGUUCCGGCGCAUCUCGCCAUACCGCCGCUGCGACCACGUGCAGGUACCGGACCACUUCUGCACGUGCCUGCGCUCUGAGAAGAUCGCGGCAAGCGACGGACGCGCCACGCUCGCCGCUAAGGCCGUGGUGCGCGAGCUGAACGUGCUGCUGCGCGCGGCCCCGCAGUGCGCGCCGCUGAGGCUCCAGCGCGUGCUCACGGCGCGCAUUGCACAGCCGCUCAAGGGCGAUCCGAAGAAGAGCGCGCCGUUCCUGCGCCAGAUGACGACGGUGCAGCUGCAGACGGCACCGGGCGGGGCACGCCUCGAGGCGACUGUGCUCGGCGACGGCCACGAGCUGCACAUCAGCGGCAGCGUGUCGCGGCUGGACCGGUACGGCCACCUGGCGUGGUGCGUCAAGGACCACCGCCUCGAGAAGUACUGCCACUGCG